AUUCGCUUGUGCCAGCCUCCGAUAAACCUCAGAGAAGAAGAAGGUGAAGCGUUUCCGCCAAGAUGGUUGUCGGUGCCUUCCCCAUCGCCAAGCUCCUAUACCUGGGAGUGAGGCAGAUGAGCAAACCGGUGGCGAAUCGGAUAAAAGCUGGAGCACGGAGGAGCGAGUUCUUCAAAACCUACAUCUGUCUGCCGCCGGCCCAGAUUUACCACUGGGUCGAGAUGAGAACAAAGAUGCGGAUCAUGGGCUUUAGGGGUUCCACCAUUAAGCCGCUGAAUGAGGAAAUGGCUGCAGAGCUGGGCGCAGAGUUGCUGGGAGAGGCAAUCAUCUUCCUAAUUGGCGGUGGAUGUAUGGUGCUGGAGUACAGCAGGCAGGCCGCUAAUUCUCGCCGCAAAGAGGAGGAGCUGAAUGAGACCAUCACAAGCCUACAGACUCAACUAGCAGAACUGUCACUGACCACAGAGACUCUAGAUGCACGGCUGAGAGAGGUCAACAGGCAGCUUGUGUCCUUUCCUACUCCAAAUAAGUGAUUAAAUUAGUCGUUUGCUAGAUAUAACCGCAUUAUUUGUUGAUCUGUGUGUUAAAGGAAUGAUUGCACCAACAUAGUACAGCCACAUGUACAACCUGAUGACAACCCAGCUUCACACACUGUCCCCUAAACCCAUAAGGUAGGGUGAAGAGGUGGACAUGAACAUUUCAAUGCGUGCUGGAUUUGGGUUCUAUCAUUAGCUCAAGUUUUGAGCCUGGUUUUUAAAGGGGGAUUGCUAUGAUAUUCAUAGUGUUUUUCUGUAGUUCAUGUUGCAUGUUCAUAAGAAGACUUGACUGUAUAUAAAGAUUAACAAAGUAAAGCAACAGUGACCCUAAAGCUAAUAUAUUUGAAAACAAAUAUUUUAUUUCAGUAAUUGUCAUGGACUUGAAUCACUUAGCAAACACAUCUUUAUGCAUCAUUGGCUUCAAUUGAGACUCUGGGUCACAUAAGUGGAUUAUUUUUGACAGUAUCUGCCCCCAAAGUUUCAUGGACACAACAUGUUGUAUUUGCUCUGAAUCCCUCGGCUGGUUUGUGUACACUGGGUGUGAUGACACCUGUAAAUUGAAGGUGAAAAAUAAAAUGAUAUGCUGUCUGUUAA